AUGACACGAUUACCGACCAGUCAUUUUGACAUGCGCCGAAGCGACUCCAUCAACUCAUCCACUGCUCUGACUGGCGUGCAGCGAACCAACUCCGGCAUUUCAUCCAUCGAGCACUUGGGGGUCCCGAGGACCGACUCCAGCAGGUCUGCCGCGUCGACGGCCAGUUGGGGUUUGGACUAUCUUCAAGAAGAGAAGAUUGCGCCGCUCAAAUGGAUCAAGUCUCCGGUGAACGUGAGGACAGACAGCAGUAGAGAGGCCAGCGACAAUGGCGAGGAGAACAACAAGAACACCAAUGCCACCACGGCCAACGAGGUCUUGCACCUCUCUGUACGAGAAAAUGCCAACACAAUCGAGCUCUUUUCCGACCUUUUCUUUAUCGCGAACCUGGAAACAUUUACCAGCGCACAUUCAGUCAACAACGUCAACACUCUUGUAGCAUAUAUUUCCUUUUUCAGCAUCAUCUGGUUCACCUGGUUCCAGAUCACCCUCCACGAUGUCCGCUUUUCCUUGGACUCUGGGUACGAACGCGUCUGCAAGCUGGCUCAGUUCUGUAUCUUUGUGGGCUUUGCCUUUGUGGGGUCAUCCUUCGACCCGGAGCAAGAUGGACAAAACAAUCAAAACUUUCGCAUCUUGUGUCACAUCCUCCUGGGUAGCCGCUUUCUCAUGGUCAUCCAGUACUCGGUCGCACUGCACUUCGUUCGGAGGCACACGGAGAGCAUGACCUGGCCCCUUUCGUUGACGAUAGCUACCCUCGUCUUUUCGGGGGGUUCGUUUCUCUCCAUGACGGUGUCCUUCAAUCCGGGGGCCAAGCCUGGUCUGGGUAUCUAUUACUUGUAUUAUGUCAUCUUGGGCGUAGAGGCGGCCGUGACCCUCGGCAUCUCAAUCGUCUGGAGGAAGACGGGAUUCAAGCGCACUCAUCUUACAGAGCGCAUGGGGCUUCUAACGCUUGUCAUCAUCGGCGAGGGCGCCAUUGGAGCGACCAAGACGGUGGGCAAGGUCAUGGGCAACGAUGACGUGCGCCUCGACGCAACUCUACUGAUCGCCUGCAUGGUCUUGAUCUUGCUUCUCUCCUGGAUGCUCUACUUUGACAACCCCCCCGAGUGCAACUUUGGUAGCAUCCGCCAGCAGGUCUGGGCCGUGCUGCACUUUCCCUUCCACCUCGGCAUGAUCGGCAUCGUCGAAGGCUCGCAGCAGAUCAUCCUGGCGUGGCACGUGCUGCGCAGGUUCAUCUCGUUCCGUAAAGAUGUGCGGGUGGCCUGCAUCGAGCAGCACCUCGACGGGGCGGCCCUCGUGCGCGCCAUCACAAAGGCACUGGACGAGCUCAAACUCGACGACGACUCGAACGGCAGGGACUGGCUGCCCCGGAUUCUCGACGAGGUCCGGACGCUCGGCAACACGACCGACGUCUGCUCUCUCGGCAGUCUAGGCGCCGGCACCUCGUCCCUGCCACCGGCCUUUGACACGCUGACGAGGACGCUGACGACGGCGCUCGCCGACUCGGUCAACCCGUCGUCGUCGUCCGCGGCCCUGCCGGCCCAGCACCCGGGCUACAUGGCCAUCUACGCCUACUACUGGGGCUCCCUGUCGCUGGCCCUCGUGUUCCUCGCCCUCUUCAUCCUCAUCACCCGCCGCACCGACCGGCCCCUGACCCUCUCGGACCGCGCCGCGCUCGCCGUCCGCGCCGCCGUCGCGCUCACGGCCCUGGGCCUCGCCGCCGCCGCCGCCUCCGACCGCUUCCUCAUGCUCUACCUCGAGAACGGCGCCACGCUGCCGACAGUCGCCGCCUGCUUUCUGAUCAUCGUCGCCUUCGACCGUUGGGCCAAGGGCGUCAGCGCCAGCCGCCUCAGGCGCGAGCUGACGGGGUCUCUAGAGUACUGGGAUAAGGAGUUACAAGAGUAA